AUGUCCCAUUCAGCAUCCCAGUGGGGUUCUCCUGCCGCUUCCAGGCGGGCUCUUCUCAUUCAUGGCAUGACUAUGUGCUCGAAUUCAUGGGAGGGUAUCGCUCAACUGCUGGUAGCAGAAGGUUUCUUCGUUAUUGCACCGAACCUCCUUGGGCAUGGAGGGAGACGGUGUACCAAAUAUCGGAUAUCCGACUUUGCAGAAGACCUCCGACCAUAUUUCGCCAUGGACACGUCCUACGACGUGAUCAUUAGUCAUUCUUUUGGAUGCCAAGUGAACUUGUCACUCUUGCCGUUCUUGCCCAAAACGAAAGAAACCACGGUCAUACUCGUUGAUCCUCCCCUCGAGUCUACAGAAGUGCAGGUCAAAAAGUAUCAGAAUCUGUUUUUAGAGUGGACGACGAAUGUCAAAACUGCGGAAGAGUACAUGGCUGAGAACCCUGCUUGGUCACGACGUGACUGCGUGUUAACAGCGCUGGGAAUGGAGAUGGUUGAUCCCGACACUGUCGAGGUUUUUCGGCGAAACACAUCAUGGUCUUCCAUUGCACUCAAAAAUGUACCACCUCACGUCAAGAUCACCAUUCUGGCAUCAGAUCCGAAGCUCAGCACGACUUGUCCCUUGGAGCACAUCCCUCGUGACAUCGAGAGAUUGAAUGUUAAACUCCUUACUGGCAUCGGUCACUGGAUUCAAUACGAGUGUCUGGAUGCUAUUAUGGAUGCAAUUCCCCUACCAAGAACAAAAUUGUAGCUGUGUAGAGAAGGGAUGGUGUUCUGCAGUGUUAUUUUUGUUUAUGGCGAUCGCAU